CUGGGAACAACUUCAAAACACGGACAUCCAGCAUGAACGAAGACCUCCGCAAUGAGGUUGAAGCCAUCAACUCAAUAUACGGAGACGAUUCGCUAACUGCCACCGAGGAAGAAAACGUCUUCAUCCUGCGCCUCCCGCAGCGAGAUGCCUCCUUGCGACUAUGGAUUCCUCCGGACUACCCCUCUUCACCUCCAGCGGUCCUAGGCACACAGAGCUCGGGGGCACACACACGCAAGGGCGAGGCCGCACAUGUUGUUGAAGUGUUCCGGGAUGUCCUAGGAAGAUUGUUCCAACCUGGUGAGGUCUGCCUGUUCGAUGUGAUCGAGGAGGUCAACAAUGCGUUGCCCAGCGAAGUCGAAUGCCCACCAGAAGAACAAGAUGCUCACCUCACGCUCGAGUCCUGGAGCAACGACUCUGCAUUCGAGGAUACAACUCCCAGAGAACAUCAGCCACCAUGGACCAUCUCAGACGUGAUUAUUGAACUCAAAUCCGUCUUCGUCGCUCGAAGUGCUCCGGUCUCUACCCCCGACCAAGCCAAGCAAUACCUACAACGCCUUCUCGACAGCGACAAGAAAAUCCGAUCUGCCACACAUAAUAUCACAGCAUGGAGGAUUAAGGGAGAUAAUGGUGUUACAUUUCAAGACUGCGAUGAUGAUGGGGAAACGGCAGCUGGGGGAAGGGUACUGCACCUCAUUCAAUUGAUGGAUCUCUGGAACGUUAUGGUCGUGGUAACGAGGUGGUAUGGCGGACACCAACUCGGGCCGAAACGAUUCAGCAUCAUUAAUACUGUUGCAAGAGACGCUUUUGUUAAGGCUGGGCUUGUGAAGGGGGACGUGUCCGCGAAGAAGAAGGGGAAACGAUGAGGCCGUACGCUCGAGACCGAUACGAAUAGAGCCGGGCAACCCCGAUAAUCGAAGGCACUCGUCAAGAAUGUGGGAAACAUUGCCACCUUUUACGAAGCCAGCACGCUGGGGCAUCUGCAUCGAAGCCCUUAUGCUGAGUCAACAUGAGUCUGGGGAUGGGCAACAGUUGAUGAACAGAACCAGAAAGACACAAUCAAGGCACCAAAAGAUCUGCAAUGCCAAACACCUCCAAGGUCAUUGGAGUCACAGAUACGAGAGACCGCAGUUGAAUAAUUCUGAUUGCCCAAGAUUCAUGCCAUCUACUUGAAACAGAGGUUCAGUGAGUCAGCUGAACCUCUGAACCUCUGAACCUUCGCCCUUCUCAAUCCAUUAACCUCAGAUCAGCUCCAUGUUUCUGAUUCCGAGGCUUCUCGAUCGUAAUCCAUUUAGUUAAACUCUUCAUUAUUCCCCAAUCAGACAGAUGUCUUCACCUCAAGUGAACUCGAGC